AUGCCUAAGUCGCCACGGCCCUUGUGUAUCCUAGCCAUCAGCUUCUGUCUGGCUCAGCACACAUGGGCUACAUUCGACCCUCGAGAAGCAACUGUCGCAUCGACACACCAUAGCUUGUAUACUGGGCUGGCAACAUGUCGUGAAGUAGUCUCGUCCUUCCUGGCCCGAAUCGAGGCGUUGAACAACUGCACCAACGCGAUUAUCUCGCUGAAUCCGGACGCUCUUGCCGAAGCUGAUGCAUACGACGAGGAGCUGCUAGCAAAUAAUGCCACUCUGGGACCACUCUUCUGUGUACCUACACUUCUUAAGGAUAAUUAUGAUACUGCUGACUUGCCAACUACCGGUGGAAACCUCGACCUCGCGAACUCGAGACCAAGUGUCGAUGCACCGGCGGUAGCCGCAUUGAAAAAGGCCGGUGCCAUCAUCCUUGGGAAAUCAAACCUGCAUGAGCUCGCGCUCGAAGGACUGAGUGUCUCCUCGCUUGGUGGCCAAACGGUCAAUCCGUAUGACUCAACACGAACGCCCGGCGGCAGUUCCGGUGGUACAGGCGCCGCAGUAGCUGCGUCUUUCGCUGUCUGGGGCACGGGGACAGACACAGUCAACAGUCUUCGUUCCCCAGCUAGUGCCAAUAGCCUGUUCAGCUGCAGACCUACUCGAGGUCUAAUUACCAGAUCUGGCGUAAUACCGAUUAGCUAUACCCAAGAUGUGAUCGGCCCCAUAGCUAGAUGCGUGGAAGAUGUAGCGACAGCUCUCACUGUCAUGGCGAGUGUUGGCUACGACUCCAUGGACAAUGCAACUGCCCUUGUGCCACCCUCGAGCCGUGGACUGGACUACACCACAGAACUGACCAAAGGCUCUUUGAAAGGUCUACGCCUGGGUUUACUCGAGGGCUUCAUGAACAUGACUAACUCUUCCGAGACGACGCCGGUCAACGGAGCGAUGGCCAACAUUACAAGUAGGCUUCGACGAGCAGGAGCCACGAUCGUACCCAUAAAGGACAAUUUGUACAAUGCCACUGCGCUAGCCGUCUUCGAUACACAGAGAUACGAAUAUCGUGAGGAAAUGGAUUCCUAUCUACAACGCUCGAGCCUUGGAGGCCGACACCCACAGACUCUGAAUGAGCUCUACAACAGCAGCAGAUUCUUAGUCAUACCCAGCCAGUACGAGUACGUAACGACGGCGCUCGUCUCUUCCACUGGCAACCAGACCUGGAACAGCCACCUUUCUUACAGCGACGUCCAGCGCGGCAUCGCUAACCUAACCCUCGCCCUUCGGUCCACUUUUGCUGCUAACAAUCUCGACGCAAUGAUCUACCCAGAGCAGAAGAACUUGGUGGUCCCAAUCGGCUCACCAUCGCAAAGUGGCAGGAAUGGUAUCUUAGCUGCCUUGACAGGAAGUCCCGUCGUCACUAUCCCUGUAGGGUUCAGUCCCGCCACUGCGACGGCACCGGAAGGCGUACCGAUUGGCAUGGAGAUCCUUGGUCUGCCGUGGAGCGAGGAAACGUUACUACAGACCGCUUAUCAGGUCGAGCAAAUGGGUAGAGUCAGGAAGACCCCGACAUGGGCUACGCAGGUAUUAGAGACGAGGAUGUAUCAGGAGGUGCCUGUCGUCAAGCCGAACACCGGCAACAUUCCACUGCAAUAUCCGAUUGGUAUAUUGUAA